CAUACAGCGGUGCAUUGCUGUCAGUCUGUGCGAUCAUUGCACCGUGGCAGCAUCGCAACUGUCGCAGUACAGUGUAUAGUGUUCUCUUUACUAUCUUCUUGAUGGCGUUUUCAGUAGGAUUAGCGCUGAUCUGCGCGGUUAUUGGGCUAAUCUACGCCCUAGUGAAACGUAACUAUCGUUACUGGAGCAAUCGAAAUGUUCCAACGCUCGAGCCCUCGUUCCCUUUCGGUAAUUUUGGAGACCUCAGGUACAGGUCACCGGCCGAGGUAUCGUCGGAGUUGUACCAUCAGAUGGAUCCUCGGAACCGGUUCUACGGUCUCUUCAUAACGCUGCAACCGACCCUCAUGCUGACCGAUCCCGAACUCAUCAAAACCGUGCUGAUACGUGACUUUGCGACAUUCCCGGACCACGGUAUAUAUCUAAACGAGAGUGUGGACCCUCUUUCUGCCCACCUCUUUGCCAUGGAAGGUGCUCGAUGGAAGGCAACCCGUUCGAAGCUCUCGCCUACGUUCACGGCUGGCCGUAUGCGCGCCAUCUUUCCGAUACUGCAGCAGGUGGCGCAGAACUUCAAGCAGUUCCUGUGCAUGCAGGUCGGCGAGCAUGGGGCCGAGCUCGAUGUGAAAGACUACAGUGCGCGAAUGAUGAUCGAUAACAUCGGGAGCUGCGCCUUCGGCGUUGAGUGCAACAGUUUUCGCGAUCCGGAUAGCGCGUUUCGACGGUCCGGUCGACUGGCAUUUGAAAAUCCGCGACAUUCACAGCUCGUGAGUAUGAUGUUGAGGUUGUACCCGUGGAUUGGUCAUGCGCUUGGAUUGAAAGUAUUCCGAGACGAAGUGAUCGAGUUCUUCUCGCAACUGUUAGAGGAAACAGUGGCGUUACGGGAGCGCAGCAAUGGAAUCAAGCGUAACGAUCUCAUGGACCUCAUGAUAGAAGUAAGGGCGCGCGAAGGCGUUGAGAACGCUAGUACCGAAGGUCUCUCUAUGGAUGAGUUGAAGGCCCAGACCUUCGGGUUCUUUGUGGCUGGUUACGAUACUUCCGCCUCCAAUGUUACAUUCUGUCUGUACGAACUGGCACUGAACGAAGAGUGCCAAGAGCGUGCGAGAACCUGCGUCCUGGAAGCCCUACAGAAGCACGGUGGCAUGACGUACGAAGCGAUCGCCGACAUGGAAUACCUCGAUCGUUGUAUCAAUGAAACCUUGAGAAUGUAUCCGCCACUAGCGAUGCUGCAGAGGACCUCCUGUAAACCGUACCGUAUCCCAGAUAGUGACGUAAUUCUACCAACGAAAAUGAAGAUCCUCAUACCGAUCUAUGCGAUUCAGCGUGAUGCUCGCUACUACCCGGAUCCGGAGCAGUUCGUUCCGGAUCGGUUCACACCGGAAGCUAUUGCCGGACGGCACAUGUGCACAUUCCUUCCGUUCGGUGAGGGACCACGGAUCUGCAUCGGUCAACGGUUGGGGAUGAUGCAAGCGCGCGUCGGAAUUGCCACGGUACUGGCCAACUUUCGUAUCCGUCCCGGCCCCAACACACUGAUACCGUUGGUGUACGCCAAGGAUUCAGUUACCAUCCAGAAUCGGGGUUCAGUAAUGCUACAGUUCCAACCGCUUGAGACGAUUGUAAGCGAUUAAGAAAAUUGAAGGUUUCUGUUUUGAUAUUUCUAGUUCGAUCUAUUCGUAUCUGUUUUAACCGAUUCUGCUGAAAGAUGAUGACAGCGACACCCAAAGAUGUUCAAUAGGCAUAACUUACUUCGAUAGCAAGCAUCAUGAGCAGGACGCGAAUUAAAACACCCUAACCUCACAAUUGAAAGUCACAGGUCGGUCACACGACUCUGGUAAGCAUUUAAUAAACAAGCAGAAAUUGUCUAAAUCAUAUAAAAGAAGAGUGUCACAAAAUUAGUUCUUACAGCAUUUUACCCUUUCGUCGAAUACUGUCGAAAUUGAUUAGCCUAGUAAGAAUGGCCAUCAUCUACGUCAUAGAUCCAGGUGAUA